CAUUUCUUACUCUUUUAGGUUUAGAACUUUAGAUUACGCGUCACUCGUCCGCCUCUGCCUCUCCCUCUCCCUCUCCCUCGCGCAACCUCCGGCGUCUGGCGAAACCCAUCUGUCUUCUCCUCCUCCUCAGACCCGAGACACAUCUCAUAUCUCAAUCCCUUCGAUCUCUCUUACUCUCACUUCGUCUAUCUUCAACCGCCAUCAACUGCCUCUCGAAUUUCUUUGAUUUCGCACGGUUUAAGCCAAGAUGGCGAAGAAGAAGGAAAAGAAGGUAAAUGUGUCUGGGAAACCAAAGCAUUCUCUGGAUGUUAACCGAAGCAAUGAGAAAAACAAGAAUGGGCGUACUGCUGCCACUGUGCGACGACUUAAGAUGUAUAAUACGAGGCCAAAACGUGAUCGGAAAGGGAAGGUGUUGAAGAAUGACCUUCAGUCUAAUGAGUUACCUGACACACGAAUUCAACCUGAUCGCCGCUGGUUUGGGAAUACCCGAGUUGUAAACCAGAAAGAGCUUGAAAUUUUCCGUGAAGAGCUUGAAAAACGAAUGUCAAGUAGCUAUAAUGUGAUUUUGAAGGAAAGGAAACUGCCCCUUUCCCUGUUGAACGACCAUCAGAAGCAAUCCAGAGUCCAUCUUCUCGACACAGAACCUUUUCAGGAUGCAUUUGGGCCUAAGGGGAAGAGAAAGCGACCAAAGCUUUUGGCUGCGGACUAUGAGUCGUUACUUCAGAAGGCUGACAAGUCCCAUGAUGACUUUGAGGAAAAGUAUGCUGAAAAUGCUACUGUAGAGGGAAGUGAAGAAGAUGGUUUUAGAGACCUAGUUCGACAUACUAUGUUUGAGAAGGGUCAAAGUAAACGUAUAUGGGGUGAGCUCUACAAAGUAAUCGAUUCUUCAGAUGUUGUUGUCCAGGUUCUAGAUGCAAGAGAUCCACAAGGAACAAGGUGUUACCAUUUAGAGAGACAUUUGAAAGAGCAUUGCAAGCAUAAACACGUGGUUCUUCUGUUAAAUAAGUGUGAUUUGAUUCCUGCUUGGGCAACAAAGGGAUGGCUUAGAGUGUUAUCUAAAGAAUAUCCAACUCUAGCGUUUCAUGCAAGCAUCAAUAAAUCCUUUGGAAAGGGUUCUCUUCUAUCCGUGCUGAGGCAAUUUGCCCGCUUAAAAAGUGACAAGCAAGCUAUCUCUGUGGGAUUUGUUGGGUAUCCCAAUGUUGGGAAGUCAUCUGUAAUUAACACUCUACGGACUAAGACUGUAUGCAAAGUUGCACCUAUUCCAGGAGAAACUAAAGUUUGGCAGUAUAUAACUCUUACAAAGAGGAUUUUCUUGAUUGACUGCCCGGGAGUCGUUUAUCAAAAUAGUGACACUGAAACUGAUAUUGUCCUUAAGGGCGUGGUACGAGUUACAAAUUUGGAGGAUGCAUCGGAACAUAUUGGAGAAGUAUUGAAGCGUGUGAAGAAGGAACACCUUGAAAGAGCGUACAAGAUAAAAAACUGGGAGGACGACAACGACUUUUUAGUUCAGCUUUGCAAAUUGUCCGGCAAGCUCCUAAAGGGUGGUGAGCCUGACUUAACGACUGCAGCAAAAAUGGUCCUUCAUGACUGGCAGAGGGGAAAACUUCCCUUUUUUGUUCCACCACCUCGAGUUGAAGACGAGUCAGAAGAACCCAACUAUUGUGUUGAUGAUGACUCGGGUGUGGAUAGCAAUCAAGCUGCAGCUGCUUUCAAAGCCAUUGCAAAUGUGAUAUCAUCUCAACAGCAAAGAAGUGUGCCUGUUCAAAGGGAUCUGUUUAGUGAAAAUGAAUUGAAUGGCGAGACAUCCGACCAGAUUCUAGUAUCUGAGGAUGAAUUGCAAGCUCCUCUUUCUGACACUGAGGGAAAGACAUUGGGAGAUCAGGACGACAAAAACGAAGAUGAGCAUGCAAUUACAAGCUGAGGUCAUCUGGUGAUAUUUUCCUGCUUAAUUACAUCUUUGUUGUAUCUUUUUGUUUUGCCAGUGCUUCUCUUCCAUCUUUUACUUUAGGCUCUUAGCAAAGAUAGGCCUUAAAUUCUUAGCUUUAAAUCUUUCUUUAGUUAUAUCUGUUAGGGAAGGCCAAAAAAGUUAAUCCUAUAAUAUAUAUAUAACAUGUCUAGUCUCCCUACAUUAGUUUGGAAACAAAUUUUGGGAUAGGUCAUUAAAAGCAUUUCUAUUUAUUGCAACAGAUUGCAAAAGAAAACAGUGCCCAAUCUUCUUUGUUCACAUUAUUGAAAUGAUAUGUCCCAUAAAUGGUUUUCAAAUUUAGAAAAAGCAUAGGCUGAAAAUUCUUUUCAUUUUACAGCUGGGACAUAAAAAAUUGGAUGGCUAUAUCUUAAUGAUAGUAGUGAGAGAGGGAAGGAAAGGGGAUGUCUUGGCCUUGGCCCCGAUUUAGUUUUGUAUUAAAUUCAUCAACAAUUAUUGGGAUGUAAUAGUGUGAGUAGGAGGGGGUUCGAAAUUAUCAGAGGUAUAAUGGUAUGAAUGAAUGGAGCUUUCUGUUUACCUGUUUCUGGAAGUAUAUGACAGGUACACCAAUCCAUCUCGAACCGAACUUGGCAGUUAAACUCUAGUGCAGUGAUGAUACUUUAGGGAAUGGUCCUACAGAAUAAUAGCUUGAUGACACCAUGACAAUGAAAAGAAACUCUAAUUCUUAUUACUUUUCAAUAUUCAAUGUCGACAAAGGAAAAGAAAAAUGAAAAUGUACGUCUUGGUUUGUAAUGUUGUUGGAUGUUUCUUAUUCUGGAUUUUGGGAGAUGUACCAUCCUUGAGUCAUGUGUUUCGUUUUGUAUUUCUUUAAACGAUUAUUUUGUCCUAGUAGUUUCGGGUUGGUUUUGA